AUGGGUUAUGAUUUAGCUGGGCAGCAAAGAAAACUUAGUUUGCAGGAGCUUGAAGAUAUCAGAUUAGAGGCUUAUAAAAAUGCUCAGAUUUACAAAGACAAAACUAAGGCGUUUCAAGAUAAAAGGAUAGUCAAAACUACUUUUUCUAUGGCUGGUCCCUUUGUUAUUACUAAUAUCUUUCCUCAUGGUGCAGUUGAAAUUACAAGUGUCGAUUCUGAUAAAGUAUUUAAGGUGAAUGGUCACAGAUUAAAAGCAUUCUAUGAGUGUGAACAAGCAGAGAUGAUUGAAGAGAUUAAGCUUUUGAAAGACUGA